AUGCAAUAUAGUCUCAGUGACAUCUCCUUCAGCAUCUACGUUGAACGUGACAUGGAGCAGCUACAAAGAAUCAAGCUUUUAUGUUCUAGAUUUGAGGGUCGUAAACUCAACAGACAUCGCACCGGUGAUGCUGACAGUGUCCAGUACGCAGAGGCUGUGGUGCAGCCACCGACUACUGUGACUCUCACUGCAACUGGAAAGAGCACAGCCCAAGUGACGUGGAACCCUGUGAGCAAAGUCCUGCGUUAUCAAGUGACAGUGAGAGACAUCGGCCGCCCGAAUAAACCACCUGUCGUGAGAAAUUCACAAUCCACAUCCAUGGAUAUCGGAUAUCUGGAGCCCUGCUCCUUCUACACAGUGGGAGUAUCAUCGGUCAACAUCUUCAUGGUGCCUGGAGAACCCUCGAUUGUCGCAUACAAUACCACUACUAUAGGUGACGUAACAACAGUCUCUGUGGACUACAGCUGCUCCACCAGCAGUGUGACAGUAACUUGGGAUGCGGUGAUUGGGGCUGGCCUGUACAGGGCCGUGGCUGUCGAUAGGACCGGGGCCUCCCUUAACUGCACGUCAGUUUCCACCAGCUGUCAGAUCCCCGAGCUCAGAUGUGGAGAGAACUACCAGGUCCGUGUCGCAGCCAUCUCUGAUGACUGUGAGAGCAUCCCCAGCGUCACAUCCACUUUUGAGACAGUCCCCUGCGCUCCGGUUGACCUUGAGGCCACACAUGACUGCUCCUCCAAUGCCGUCGUCUUUAGAUGGCAGCCCACCAAUAACACCCACUACUACGUGGCCACGGCUGUGGAUGACACCGGCAAAGCGACUGAGUGCAUGACGCUGGACGGAAUAUGUUACUUCACCGAUGUUAGCUGUGGUCGGUUCUACACAUACAGUGUGUAUGCUGUGAGCCCAGAAUGUAACAGCCAGAUCAGUCAACCCAAGUUUGUCCGGACCUCCCCUUGUUUGCCAACGUAUGUGAGGACAAAAGCCGACUGCAUCACAAACACUCUCAUCACAACCUGGGACUCAUCUGAGGGAGCUUUGUCCUAUACUAUCAGUGCUGAAGGGAACAAUGGAGAAACCUACAACUGCUCCUCCCCAAACAACACCUGUAAAAUCAUUGGUGUGCCAUGUGGAGAACAGCUCAGUGUGUGGUUCCUUGCCUCUAACGACAUCUGCUCUACUGACAAGAUGCUGGUAGAAGCUGCUCAGACUGCACCUUGCCCUCCAACAGACAUCGAGGCAUUCAGAGACUGUGACGCCAACCAUGCUGUGAUAGCCUGGCAGAACAAGCAGACGUCAGGCGUCUACACUGCGACAUUAAAAGAUCUGAGUGGACCACAGCUUAACUGCACAAGCAACACAUUCAACAACUGCACAAUAGCCAAUCUGCCAUGUGGAAAAAAAUACAAUGUUACAGUCACCAACGGUGAUGGACAGUGUCAGUCCACCUCAGCAUCUAUUAGCAUGGACUCAGAGAACUACACCACCAUCAUCUCUAGAGCUAUGGGUCCUCCUCUGUAUUGUAACUCUACGGACACCCAGUGUACUGUGGGAGGACUGUGGUGUGAACGCUCCUACACAGUGACAGUUUUCUCCAUCACCGGGACAUGCCUCAGCCUGCCGAGUAAAGAGGUUGUGGUGAAAACAUUGCCGUGUCCUCCAACCAACGUCACAGCUGUGCACAUGUGCGCUUCAGAUCCCGUUCCUGUAUCGUGGACUCACAGCGGUAAUGCCAAGCUCUUCAUCGCUGUAGCUUCGGGCAGCGGAGGUCACAGGGCUGAGUGCACCACCAAUGAAACAUCCUGCAGCCUUCUUGGACUCCAGUGUGGGGAAGUGUACACCGUCAGUGUUGUAGGAGCUGAUAACAACUGUACAGGUCUACAGAGCAAACCCCUCUCUUUAAAAACAGAGCCAUGCUCUCCCUCUAAUGUGACCAGCCAGGUGAUCUGUGGUGCUGGAGCCGCUCAGGUGUUCUGGACCCCCAGCAUGAAUGCAGUAAGCUAUGAAGUAAAGGCCACCAGCACUAGUCAGACCCUCACAUGCAACAGCUCCUUCUCUAACUGCACCCUGAGACCACUGGUCUGUGGCCAAGCUUAUGACGUUCAAGUGUCUGCCACUGAUGGUACCUGUGCCAGCAACUACAGCACCCCCUUCAGGCAAGACCAAGUACCGUGUACUCCAGAGAGUGUUACUACAGACCUGCAGUGUGGCACAAAUGACUUAACAGUCAGCUGGGCAUCUUCUCCUCUACCCCUCAACUACAGCGUGAAGGCUGUGACGCUGGAUGGCAGUGGUCCAAUCACUUGUAAUACUAACAAUGCCAGCUGUGUUCUCAGGGGCUUUCAGUGUGGACAAACUCUCAAUAUUUCUGUUAAAGCCUCCUCUGUCAGCUGCAGUGGGCCAUACAGCCCCAUGCAGACUGUUCGUACAGAAGCUAACAACAGUGACUGA